AUGUACCUCUUUAUUUUCGCUGCGUCUCAAUUGUUCAACUUGGGGCUCUGCGACCGCUAUCUAUCUGCUAUUCGCCUCCCUGGGCUUUUUCUGUUUGCGCGCAAAGCCAUCGCCCACCAACACCCAUCGCGCUACCCAUUUCACCCGCCCAAGGCAUCCUUCCACAUCGCACACAAGAGAAUUAUCCACACCAUGGCAAAGACACCUGAAGACGCGAACACCACCGCCGCUGGUGACGCGACUGCCAAGCGCGGUCGCGGUCGACCCCCAUCGGGCGGCGUCAAGAAGGUCUACGUGCCCUCUGGCAAACCCCGCGGACGUCCACCCACCGGCAAGACUCCAAAGCCCGCCUACGUUCCUACUGGCAAGCCCCGUGGCCGUCCCAAGGGCAGCGGCGCCAAGCCUGCCGCAGCCAAGGCCACCCCCAAGAAGACCGCUACCUCUACCGGUCGCCCCCGUGGUAGACCAUCAUCGGCUGCUGCGACACCCGCUGAUGAGGGUGGUGCCAGGCGCGGCCGUCGUCCUCGUGCCUCCGAUGCCGUAGGUCUGGAGACGCCCACCGCCUCCAAGCGCAAGGGCCGCGGUCGCAAGAGCAACGCGGAUGCUGCUGAGGAGCAGCUGGCCCAGGAAGACCAGGAUGCCAAUGCCGGCGAGGAGGACGAGGAGGACGAGGACGCGGAAGCUGAGGAAGAUGUUGAGACGGCAUAG